AUCAAAGGUAAUCCAUUAAAUUCGCUAGUAGCGAUUGUUAAAAUCAAUCAUAUAAGUAUUAUUGUUUAAAUUUAUUUCGAAAUGGAAUUUGUUUCUACAAUUUUGUGCAUCUCGGCGAUAUUUGCUGUGGUUUCGUCAUCUUCCCUUCCUGUUGAUGACGAUCCUUGCCUGUGUUCUCGAGAAUUUAAGCCAGUUUGUGGUACCGAUGGGAAGACGUACUCCAAUAGAUGUAUGCUCGAAUGUAGGAAAUUCAUGACGAAAGAUGAGACCCUCGAAGUGGCUAAAGAAGGACCUUGCGAACGCCAACAAAUUCUACUGCAAUUCAAGAUGAAGAUAAUUUCGUUGAUUUUUUGUAUCUUCGUUUUUCUCUGGUCCUUUGCGAGUGCCCAGGAGAAUUGCAUUUGCACUUUAGAAUACAAACCCCUUUGUGGAACCGAUAAUAACACAUACGACAACGAAUGCCUCUUCAAAUGUAACCAGAAAAGGAGCAAGAACCUAAGCAUUGCAAGAAGUGGACCUUGUGAUGGUUAAUUCUGAUCUAUUUGGAAAUCUGAUUUUUUUGUUGUAAUCUUUGUUAAAUGCUACUGUUAAUAUUUUGACGCCGUAAUACAUACACAUAUGAAUGUAUAAAUGCUUAUAAUGUACUAAUAACUAAUACAGUAAAUCACUAAUUUUGAUUAUUA